UAAAAAAUGAAAAUUAAAAUAUUUCCGUUGACAACGGAAGCCAUGUUGGAGAAGCAGAAGCCACGCCGCGUAAUGACACAGCAGCAGCAACAACGGAAGCAUAAAAUGCCGGAAAUAUCCUCAUGGCUAAUUGUUGCCACUUUUACCCUGUCCUUGUUCAUGUCCAUGUCUCCCAUUUCCCUGGUGACUGGCCAGGAUAAUCACGAUGAGAGCGAAAUGCAUCACAUGGAUCUGCAUCAUCAGCACCAAGAGUUUAUCAUUGGCGAAUCCGAAGAACGAGAUCAUAUAGCACAUCAUUUGGCGGAAAUGCAAAAUAAGGAUGAACUACUAGAAGAUAUACGCGAGGACACGGCCGUCAAUGCAAUACCAGAAAAAGAUUUACCCAAAUUUGGUGAAUUACUGCAAAAUGUCACAGUGCCAGUAAGUCGAGAGGCUGUACUUCAAUGUGUGGUGGAUAACUUGCAAACCUAUAAGAUUGCGUGGCUACGUGUCGAUACACAGACCAUUUUAACGAUACAAAAUCACGUCAUAACCAAAAAUCAUCGCAUGAGCAUAACUCAUGCCGAGAAACGUGCCUGGAUAUUGCGUAUACGUGAUGUAAAGGAAUCCGACAAAGGAUGGUAUAUGUGCCAAAUCAACACGGAUCCGAUGAAAAGUCAAGUUGGUUACCUCGAUGUUGUGGUGCCCCCUGAUAUACUGGACUAUCCAACCAGCACCGAUAUGGUCAUACGUGAGGGUUCAAAUGUAACUCUAAAAUGUGCUGCAACCGGUUCACCAACUCCAACGAUAACCUGGCGACGCGAGGGAGGCGAAUUGAUACCACUACCAAAUGGAGCAGAGACAAUCGCCUACAAUGGAUCCUUUCUGACCAUUGCCAAAGUGAAUCGUUUGAAUAUGGGGGCAUAUCUCUGCAUUGCCUCAAAUGGCAUACCGCCAACAGUUAGCAAGCGUGUGAUGCUCAUUGUGCAUUUUCCACCCAUGAUUUGGAUCCAAAAUCAAUUAGUUGGCGCUGCCAUUACCCAGAAUAUUACAUUGGAAUGCCAAUCGGAGGCAUAUCCCAAGUCCAUUAACUAUUGGAUGAAAAACGAUACGAUUAUUGUGCCAGGUGAACGCUUCGUGCCAGAGACAUUUGAAUCGGGCUAUAAAAUAACCAUGCGUUUGACCAUCUACGAUGUUGACAUACAAGACUUUGGAGCAUAUCGUUGUGUGGCCAAGAACUCAUUGGGCGACACAGAUGGUGCGAUCAAAUUGUAUCAUAUACCACAAACAACUACAAUUACAACCAUGGCCCCCACUGUGUCCAUCAACACUGUGCCUGUGGUUCUUGUCAAGUACAAUAAAGAUCAACGCUACAGCAGCAAUGCAAAUCAGAAUAGCAAUAAUCCUUAUGGCAACAACAACAACAACCAUCAACAGAAUACAAAAUCACAACGUAUUAAAACCAAAAAUAUGGAUCAUCAGUCAUCGGAUAGUACAAUGAAUAAUAUGUAUAUGGGUGCCACAUCGAGCUUAUGGAAUUCGCAAGAUCAUCAUGCCUCAGCUACAUCAACAAGAGGCAGAGAUCAACAUCAACAUCACCAGCAGCAGCAGCAGCAACAUCAACAACAACAGCAACAACACCAACUCCAACAACAUCACAAUCUCGAUCACAGUACUGCAUACAGAGCUGAUGGCAAAAGUCCGCAUUUGAUUAAACAUGAUGCUGGAUCCCUAACCGAUGAGCUAGAUCGCAUGCAGGACCUCAAGAGCUCAUCAAAUCAACUAAAGAAUUCGUCGCAACCCAUUGCAUUCUCAAUGUUAGUUAUCCUUCUUUUCCAUUUGAAGGCGUGGCAUGUAUAAAUCUAAAAUCCAAAAAAAUAACUUCUCAAUAAGUGUACAAACCCAAAGAUUAAUUAAUAAGCAAUAAUUUAAUGAAACUCAAGUUGAUCGGUAAUAAAACUUAAUAAUAAUAUAUAUAGGCAUUGAUUCCAUUAUUCUGAUUUUGUGAAGCUUGAAGCUAAGACUUGCUUAAUGUAAAAAGUUUGUUGUUGUUUAAGUCCAUACUAGAAUCUAAGUUGAAGCAAGGAUAAAUUGAAAGCGAGAAAAGUUCUGUCAGAUACAACGGAAAUACAAAGUAUUAGCAUGUAAACUAUAAGGCAUAAUUAUUUAAAUAUUGCAAAAAUAAAACCAAAAACAAAAAAACAAAAAGUUUGUAAAUCAACUAAACCAAAGGAAAUUAAAAAGGAUUUCUCAUAUGUAGUUUGUAAGGACGAAAACGAAAAUACCACAAAAAUGUUGCCAUCACUUUUAGUUUUAGAUUCAUUUAAGCUUAGUUUCUAUGCACUGCAAA